UGAGAAUCUUUACCCAAUGGUGGAGCAAUUUGAGCCAGAGUCAGCAGCAAAGAUCACAGGAAUGCUUCUUGAAAUGGACCAAACCAAAGUUCUUCACUUCCUUGAAUCCUUAGCUGCUCUCGAAUCCAAAGUCGCAGAGGCAAUGGAGAUCCUGAGGAUUGUAAAAGAGCAGCAGCAACAAUAUAGAGGUGGGUCUGAAUCUGCGAGUGACUCAAAACCCUCUCUAAGCACUGACUCAAGACCCUCUCUAAGUUCAAGUUUUAUAAGCCCAAAGCUCAAGUCUCUAGCGUGUGAACAGAGGUGGGUCUGCAUCUGCGAGUGGCUCAAAACCCUCUUUAAGCUCAAGUUUUAUAAGCCCAAAGCCCAAGUCACUAGCGCGUGUGAACAGUCGACUAUCGAUUGGCGAGAGGUCGGUCAUGUUGCUGACCUACAGAUUUGAUUCCUUAGAAGAAGUCGGGGAAUGAUGUGGUUUCAGGAACAAGUCUCAAUAUCUGUGGUUGAUAGUGCUAA